CGGUCGCACUGAUGAAAACCGAGCCGCGGCUCUUAUGCACAGUUCAUUAUCUAGCUUCACACGGGUCUCAUUAUCUGUGUCGAUUGUAGGCUAUGUGUUGCCGGUGAGAAAAUAAUCUAUAUUUUCUAUUAAGUUUCCUUCUGUAUUUAAUGAUAUAUUUUCAGCUACAUACACAGGUUGUUUUCAGUCUACAUUCACUGUCAGAGCAUGGAACCUUUGCGGAAAGAGGCGAAGGAUAAUCCAUCCGCUACAGCUAAUCUUCUUUCCAAGAUUUUCUUCUGCUGGCUGAAUCCUUUAUUCCGUAUCGGCUAUAAUCGGAGGCUAGAGGAACAUGACAUGUACAAAGUUCUCCCAGAGGAUGGAUCUGAGAGACUAGGAGAAGAUUUACAGUGGUACUGGGAUCAAGAAGUACAGUGGGCUGCUAAGGACCUGCGAACACCCAGACUAACCAGAGUCCUCAUUGCGUGCUAUUGGAGGUCCUAUUCUGUCAUAGGAAUAUUUACUCUCAUUGAGGAAAUUAUCAAAGUGAUUCAGCCAGUACUUCUUGGGAAGCUCAUCCGGUAUUUUGAGAGCUAUGACCCUGACAACAUGGAUGCUCUGUAUGAGGCCUGUGGCUAUGCUGCAGGCGUCUCCCUGUCCACCCUGGGUCUGGCUGCUCUGCACCACCUCUACUUCUACCACGUGCAGCGAGCCGGGAUGAAGAUCCGGGUGGCCAUGUGUCACAUGAUCUAUCGGAAGGCCCUCUGUCUUAACAGCACAGCGCUGGGAAAAACCACCACUGGACAAAUCGUCAACCUCUUAUCCAACGACGUCAACAAGUUUGAUGAGGUCACUAUCUUUUUGCACUUCCUCUGGGUGGGUCCUCUACAAGCAGCGGCUGUGAUGGUGUUGUUAUGGUAUGAGAUCGGCCCAUCAUGCCUUGCAGGAAUGGCCGUCCUGGUCUUCCUGAUGCCUAUACAGACUCUGUUUGGUCGCCUGUUCUCCUCUUUCAGGGGCACAACCGCAGCCUUGACAGACAACAGAAUACGCACGAUGAACGAAGUGGUCUCUGGGAUCCGGAUCAUCAAGAUGUAUGCCUGGGAGAAGCCUUUUGCAGCUCUGGUAGAUGAAGUCAGAAGGAAGGAGAUCUCCAAGAUCAUGAAGAGCUCUUACCUGAGAGGCCUCAACAUGGCCUCCUUCUUUGUGGCCAGCAAGAUCAUCGUCUUCAUCACCUUCACUGUCUAUGUGUUGAUGGGGAACAGGAUCUCUGCCAGCCGGGUAUUUGUGGCCGUUUCUCUGUACGGGGCUGUGAGACUCACCGUCACCCUCUUCUUCCCCAAUGCCGUAGAGAAGGUCUCUGAGGCUCUCAUCAGCAUCCGCAGGAUCAAGAAUUUUCUUAUGCUGGAGGAAGUUGGUUCGGCGCAGGAUCUUGGACUCCCUGUGGCAGAGAAGAAGGACUGUAUGGUGGAAAUAAAGGAUUUAAUCUGCUUCUGGAACAAGGCACUAGACUCUCCGACGCUGCAGAACCUGUCUUUCACUUUGAGGUCAGAGCAACUCCUGGCUGUCAUUGGACCAGUCGGGGCUGGAAAGUCCUCUCUACUCAGCACCAUCCUGGGGGAGCUGACCCCGGAUAAGGGCGUGGUCAAGUUCAAAGGCGAACUGACCUAUGCAUCCCAGCAGCCCUGGAUUUUCCCAGGGACCAUCAGGAGUAACAUCCUGUUUGGCAAAGCGCUCCACCCUCAGAAGUAUGAGAGGGUCCUCCGAGCCUGCGCCCUCAAGAGAGACAUGGAGCUGCUGCCUGAUGGGGACCUGGAGGUGAUAGGGGACAGAGGAACCACCCUCAGCGGGGGACAGAAGGCCCGGGUCAGCCUGGCCAGAGCAGUGUACCAGGAUGCUGAUAUCUACCUGCUGGAUGACCCUCUCAGUGCUGUGGAUGCUGAGGUGGGGAAACACCUCUUUGAGCAGUGUAUCUGUGGCCUGUUGCGGAAGAAGCCGCGCAUCCUUGUCACCCACCAGCUGCAGUACCUGAAGGCUGCAGACCAGAUCCUAGUUCUGAAGGAAGGUCACAUGGUGGCGCGGGGUACGUUCACGGAACUCCAGGGCUCUGGAUUAGACUUCACCUCGCUGCUGAAAAAGGAUGAGGAGGACGAGGAGGAGGGGAAGGGGGAGCCUGCCCCAGGCACACUCACCGGCUCCCCACACACCCUAUCCCAGAGCUCUAUGCCCUCCCUCUCCUCCUCCAUGCAUUCUGUGAUGGAGGGAGUGGACCAACCAGAGCCCGUGCAACACGUGUUGGAGGAGAGUCGUUCAGAGGGAACCAUCGGUCUCCAUCUUUAUCUGAAGUACUUCAGAGCAGGUGCUAACGUCCUGGUUCUCCUGGCCCUAGUUUUCCUUAACCUGCUGGCACAUAUCACAUAUAUUCUACAGGAUUGGUGGCUUGCUUACUGGGCCUCUAAACAGGAGCAUCUCAAUGUGACGGAGCCCAUCCACAAUGGCAGCAGUGCCACUCAGCAGCUGGACCUUGACCUUUACUUGGGUGUUUACGCAGGUUUAACAGGGGCCACCAUCGUAUUUGGCUUCCUGCGUAGUCUUGUGUUCUUCAACGUCCUGGUGAACUCAGCCCAGACCCUCCACAACCGCAUGUUCACCGCCAUCCUCCGCACCCCUGUCCGCUUCUUCGACAUCAAUCCCAUUGGAAGAAUCCUCAACAGGUUCUCUAAGGACAUUGGUUACCUGGACUCUCUGCUGCCCUGGACCUUUGUGGACUUUAUCCAGGCAGAGGGUGUGGCCACGGCCGCCUGGCGGUGCCACAACACAGGCCGCGUCGCCAGGGAACGUGUCAGGAGACUAGCAGUGUGAUUGAGAGAAAGAAAGGUGCCACAGAGGAAAUAGUGGCUACAACAGGAAGAUGUGGAGGCGGUGGGAGAGUAGGAAGGAGAAUGGAGGAGGAUCUCUGGAGUGGCAAAGAGAGGGAGUGUGAGUAGCAGCCAUGUAAUAUGUGGCUGGAUGGACGGAGAUUUGCUGGAAGGGAACAGUGGGCGAGGAAUGAGACGGGUCAGUUGAAAAGGAGACUAUCCUCUAGCAUCCUCUCCUGGCUGCUAGUCCACUGCAGGCCUGGUAGCCACGGCCCAACCUGACGCAUAGCCAGGUAAAGUUACCCAACGCCACCACACAGCAGCGCAAUAACCAUCUCCCAGGAAAGAAAGGCCCGUGAAGAUGAGCCAGCUCAUGCACCUAGCACCACAAAAGAGUGAAUGUUCGCCGCACAAUCCAAUGUAGAGCAGCAGGCAUGGCUCCUUGGUUAGGGCCAAAGAAAGGAACAAAGCUGGGCUGAAAAUGAAUCCCUCCUCCACAAUGCAUGAGUGAUGUUUGUGGCAGAUACCCAUCUCACAGGAGACAAAAGCCAUCUUAAAUGGUGAAAGCACAAAAGAUCAUAAGCACAAAGGCUUUUUGUCUACCAUAGUUCCCCCAUUUUUAAUAAUAAUGUGGAUAAUGGGCAGGGUGAAAGAAUAACGUUGCAGAAGGCCAGUAGCACCAACCGAUAAACUGUUAAAGCUAGACUAGGUCAUGACAGAACAGAGGCUUGUUGUGUUUGUGUUGCACAUACACUAUAUCUUCAAGUGUAGCCACCUCUUAUUGUAGAAACACAACAGAAGUUUAACAAUGCGCAAAUAACAUACACUAUCUUUUAAUUAUUGUAAUUUGUUCUUUGGUUUGCUGUGAGAAUGUGUAGCCUAGGCAACCCAUGUUAUAACUAGGCUUUUGUUGAUUUGAACUAGCUGGUCAAAUCUGAUAUUGGAGCCCAGCCAGAUACCUUGCUGGUACUAUGCAUACACAAUGUGAUCUUAUACGGCAAGAUAAAUAGGGGCUCCUUGUGUGAGUGACAAAGAUGGCAUAAUCUCCCUUGCAAAAAAUUUGGCAUGUGUUUUUAUUUUGUAUCUGUUUUAACAUGUGAAAUAGUUGCUUUCACAUGUUGACCUUAUAUUUCACAUGAAACCAUAUUUUCAUAUGUAUUCAAUUUAGAGUUCAACUGUUAGCACCACUUUUUUUUAACGUGAGGUGCACAUGCAAAAUUAACGGUUUCACAUUUGAACGUGAAUCUCAAAAUCACAUGUGCAGUUUUACAUGUGAAAAAGACGUUUUCAUAUGAAAAUCGAACUUUCACACGUGGAAUUGGGAGUUCACAUGAGGUGGCCAAAUUGUUUUCUCCUUACAUGUGAAAUGAUGGUGUUGAAUAAACAAUGUGUCCACAUACAGUAUGGAAUUGCAAAUUCUGUAUAAAGGUAACUUAGCCCAAUAAUAGUGUGUUAAAAUGAUUAUUUCUGAUGUCUGAGCCAUCAAUUCAGAGUGUUACUGUUGCAGACACACCUCUCUUCUUCAUACAUUGGUCAGUGACCGUUGGAAGAAGCCCAGUGACACGGACAGAAACUAUUGCUGCUUGUCUCCUUAUUUAUCCAUUUUAGAAUUUAGCACUGUCAGAGUUCUUUUUUUAAACCCAACAACAUUCAAAAUACAUAAUCUAUUCAGGUAAAAACAAAAAUGUGAUUUCAAAAUAAGUUUACUUUGAGGUGUGUUUUAUCAAUUUACCUGAUUUUGCAAACCGUUACAUUGUACAAAAUCUAGGCAGCAAUAUUAUUGCAAUGCUUUUUGUAUAAAAAAAAAAACAAUCUAAAUUUGCUCAAAUUGAGCUGUAAUUUAUGAAUUUGCAUUUUAAUCACAUCAAAUCCUGCAAUAAACUCAAUUACAUGUUUUAAAUAAAUAAUUUGACAGCCCUAGUUGACAUUCCAACAUGAAAAUGCACACGUGAACGUGUAGUGGACAUGAGUAGGUCAUGGUUGCUCAUGGUCACAUGAUGAGGUAGCCCCGCCUGUGACUUCAACAUUAGUGUUGGACCUCUUGGUUCAGUGGUCAAGACGUCAGCGUCUCCCGUAGGAAACCCAGGUUUGAAUCCCACCAGUUACAAAAUCACACAUGUGAAAUGUCUGAGUCAUUUUUCAUGAGUCAGACAGGCGAUUUUUGGACACGUGUGACAUUUCAAAUGAGUUUUUCUUAUGGUUUUCCCAUGUGACAUUUUUUUCUCAUGUGAUUUGUUCAUGUGAAACAUCUCACGUGUCCAACAACUAUGUCUGACUCAUGAACAUUUCAAAUGUAAAAAAAUAAUAAAUUGUAUGUAUAUAUAUAGAAUUAUUUUUUUACUUGUGAAAUGUUUUAAGUGAUAUUUUCGCACGGAAUUAUGUAAUACAUGUGUCUGAACCGUGAUUUUAUUUUUUGUAAUGUUGGAAAAGUGCUUUUGUUAGCCAGCUCUUUCUGCUCUUGUUUGCAGGUGUCUUUUUAUGGAGCACUCUUUAAUGCUUUCAGAAAUCAAGAUUUGAUCAAAGUAUUAGCUGGACAGAAAAGCUGCUGAUCCUGACCAUUGUUGCUCAUUCUCGGAGGGACAUUUCCCCACAGUCAUUGUUUAAAUGGUUGUCAGGGGUAAUAAAGGUAAACUCCAUAAACAAUGGCCUAAGUGGUUUAUCUCCCUCUGUGGGGAGAGGCUGCCUCUGUGUGGGGAUUUGCAUCAGAGCUGGGCCCUUUAUGGUGGAGUGAGCACUUCACAGCCAUCAACACUCCCCCAUACAUUUCCUAACAAGGGGAUUCCCUCAACUUGGGGAACUCAGUUCCAUUCCAAAGCCAUAUUUUUUUCACGGGUCUCAUUUAGCCGCAAUUUAGUAUAUUGAAAAAAAGUGUCAUUUUCUCUUCCCUUUAUGUUAUUUGGACAAAGGCAGAAAUGUCAAUUAAAAGCACCUCAGGCAGUGUAGACGGCCGGCCUUUGUGUGGACUUGACCUUUAAAUCCUGGGUUGCCUGUGCUUUGAGUUAGGGGGCAGGAGAGGGUGGCAGGACAAUACAGGACGCUCUGAAUGGACCCAUCCCUUGUGAAGGCUCUUGCCCAAGUCACACCACUAACUGUGGGGUCCCUGCCUACAUUCAUUGGCCAUCAGUUAAAAUGUAGUUUGUCAGUAGAAUAUGGGUAAGAGACCAAGCCUGUUUGGACCUAUCCCCACACUUUGCAAUGCUUUGGGAGGAUUUUGAACUAAAUAUUCUAAUUAGUUUUCUGGUGACCUUUAGUUUGAGUGGGGCUGACCCUGGUCUCACCAGUUAGUAACAAGCAGAGGCCAAUGCAGCCACCAGUCAUAAAUUACAGCAGUAAAACAUCGGUGGUCUGGAGGAGGGAGGAGAACAGUCUGGGUGUACCAGAAACACUUUGAACACACACAGGGCAGAGGAGGAUGGCCAUUGUUUGAAAACACUGACGGGUGGAUCAGUGAUCACUGCAUAGUGUGGCAGAUUGUGUGGUGGGCCUCUUCUCUGGUUUUGUGGGAUAUCAGAACUGCUGACAUAGCCGUGAGUGCUGUGUAGGAUGGGGUUUCACUGGCUUUCUCUGGUGCCUUUACCAGCCGGGUGACAGAGGAAGUGAAGAAUGCACUGGCUUCAGGCACCAGACAUACCUGGUUAGUCAGAGAGAAACACUAGAGGUAUGUGUGUGUGUGUGUGUGUGUGUGUGUGUGUGU